AACAAAACAAUCUUCAAAAAUAUAUUUCUCUUUCGUUUUGCAGGACAAUGAAUUAAACAUAUUAAGUUAAACAUUUGUAACGAAACUAUUACGAGAGAAAAAUAGUUAUGGCCUGUUUUGUGCCAUACACAUCUUAACAGCCCCAGUCGGUAAUGGAGAAAACCACAAAAAGCUUCCAUCCACGGUUAGCAACAGUUCUACAUGCUGUAUAAUGUUAUCAGUCUGGUUUUUACUGUCGGCGAAUCAAGUCAUUCUUUGAAGUGUUCCACUCGGUGAAAAUAGCAUUUAAUUUAAGUUAAGGAAACAAAUCAAACCACACUAUGGAGGAGAAAACGGAAUGUGAUAGCUUGUAUCCACAAAUGUGCCAACCGAUCGUGACGCUGAAGGCGCUGCUCGACUUUGAAAAGGGUCCCCAUCCUUGGAAGAAUCUGGUCGAACCGAUCGCACCGCGGUCCCGGUCCCGGUAUCUGGGCGAACGGUACCAGGUGCUUGAUUUCAACGACAACCCCGUCACGUACGUGGAGAACGAAACCCGGCCCCAGGUGUUGCUGUGCCACGAUUUCAAGGGUAACUACCUCAACGACAAAUACAUCAACGGUGUGCAAGGCGAAGAGCAAUGGGUCGACUACCGUUUCUACAACUGGGCCGGCAUCGAUAUCUUUUGCUACUUUAGCCACUAUUUCGUGACCGUGCCGACGCUACAGUGGCUCAACUGUGCGCAUCGCAAUGGCGUGAAAGUGAUCGGUACGCUGAUCGUCGAGCAGAAGAAUGUACAGCUGCUGCGUGACAUACUGCAGUCGGAGGAAUUUAUGGUGCGGGUAGUGGAGGCGCUCGUCCAGGUGUCGAAGGUGUGCCAGUUUCAUGGCUGGCUGCUAAAUAUCGAGUGUGCGCUGGAAUCGUCGAAGGUCGGGAUGCUGCGGGACUUUGUGCAGUUGCUGACGGAACGAUGCCACGCGGAGAUACCGGGCAGCUUGGUGAUCUGGUACGAUGCCAUCGCGAAGAACGGACGGGUCGACUGGCAGAACGAGCUGAACAGCGCGAACGAUGCUUUCUUUCUCGCGUGCGAUGGUAUCUUUCUUAACUACGCCUGGGAUCGACAAAAGCUGGAACGGACGGAGAACUACAUCCGCAACUACUGUCCGGACCGACGGCUGGAUGUUUUCGUCGGGAUCGAUGUGUUUGGCCGCAGCCAAAAAGCACAGAUGGACACGAACGCACCGCUCGAGCAGGUGAUGAAUUUUCCAUUUUCCGUCGCACUUUUCGCACCCGGUUGGACGUUCGAAUCGCUCGAAGAAUCAUCUAGACGCGAUCAGCUCGAACCAGACGACCGAAACGUACAGUUUUUACAGAUGAACGAUCGUUUCUGGAAUCGACUGUGGCGCCAUCUGUACGUACGCGGACCGAUGCAGCUUCCGUUCUACACCUCGUUCUGUCUCGGUUCGGGGAAAUUUUACAACCGGCUCGGCAAAACCCAAUCCGACGAAUGUUGGUUUAAUCUGGCGAAGCAAAACUUUCAACCUUCCAUCCCGUACACGCCACCGCUCGAGUACGAAACGCGCAACGAUCCACUGUCCCACUGGACGCAUCAUUUCGACGGUGCACUAGACGGUGGUUCGUGCUUGAAGCUGCGCAACGACGAGCACGAUAAGCGACUGUUUGCGUGCGAUUUCCCGUGUGCGAACGAUCUGAUCGUGUGCUACGCGUACCGGCGCAGUAACCCAACCACCGUCGAUCUAGCGCUCGUACUGAAAGCUUACUGUCCCCGGCGGCACGAAUGCAUGCGUAUCGUUUGUGCGAAUGCCAACUGUCACGUGGGUGAACGGAGUAAUGAAAUGCGCGCCAUACCUCUGGACAAGGAAGAAUCGCUGCAACUGUUGAAGCUUGGUGCUGCAUCACAGCUACCACUUGCCGAUACGGUCAACGGUUGGGAUAUCAGGUACUAUUAUUUAUCAGCCGAGGAGCUUCCACCGGGGAUACGGAUUGUGGAUAUCGGUAUGAAGCUGCACAAGCAACCGGAAGCCCUUGCUACCGAUUAUGCGCUGCUCGGUGCCAUCCAUCUGCAGGCCGGUAUACCGACGCGUCGUGAUUAUCUGGCCCAACGUACCGUACUUUUCUUCGACCGUCCCGAGUCACGCAAAUGAUCGGCAGUGUCCACACCGCAAAGAUUGGCAAUAAAACGUAAUCAAACGUACGCAUCCAUGGAGUCCAUGUCAACCAAUAUCACCAAACAACGAAACUACUGUUCGUGAAACGGUAGAACGCUUCAAUCAACCAAACGAGUUUAACGGGCGACUGAAGUCGAUACAAUUAAAAAAGUCCAAGUCCGCGAGGAUUUUUGUUUUCCGAAAAGAUUUGAAGAACUUUUGACAAAAAGUUUGAGAAUGUAUGGCUACACUUAAUUCUAAUAUUAGAACUUUGUUUAUUUUUAGUAGAAGUUAUUAAAGAGGAAAAAUAGACAAGGAGAAAUUGAGAA